AUGGUUCUAUCGAACUAUACUUCUACCUUACUCCUGAAUGGCAAAAUCCUACAAUCUGAAAUUUCUGCUCCGUUUAUGAUUUCGGCUAUUGGCUGGAUUAUGUUACUGGCUUCUCUUCUCGGAAUGGCUGUAAACAGCAAUGUCCUGUAUAAUUUUUACCAGCACCAAAUGUCAAGUUUUGAUCUUAUGUGCAUUUCGAAAACUCUAUCAAAUAUGUGUAUUUUGUUGGGAUAUGUGUUUCAAAAUGCUCCAAUUACUAUACUCAACAACUUCGAUGGUCCGACUUUCAUCAACAUCCUUGUCAAUCAAAUGGUGAGCUAUGGAAUCUACAUUGUAGGUCCUAUAGUUCGAUUCAUGAUUUCUAUAAAUCGACUCAUGGUUAUUAUAUUCGUGAAGCAGUCUAUGACUCAAAACAACAAGAAGCUCACAAUUAUAUUCCUAGUAAUUAACUGGAUAAUUGGAAUCACACUGACAGUGGCAACUACAAUAGACCCUUGUAGUGUGAUUUACAACCCGGAAAUGUUGAACUGGUGGAGUGGUGGAUGUGAUGAUUUUCUGGGGGAUACUCUAACUUUAUUUGUAAUUUCUUGCGCGGUUCUAUCAAAUAUUUGCAAUGCAGUGAUAGUUGUAAAGCUUGUUUUAGCUAUUAACAAGACACAGCUGGAUUCAAGUACAGUCCGCCGGAGAAAACAAAAAUCUCGAAAACUAUUCAUUCAAAGUUGCAUUCAAGGUUAUUCGCGAUUGAUAGUAUUAAUAGCACAUUUGUGGAUUAUCUCCAAUCAUGCGAUUUUCAAUUUCAUUGUUGAUAUUUUCUCGAAUCUUAUGACUCCUGUCUUGGAUGGAUUUGUUAUGCUAAUUUUCAAUCAGGACACCGAGAGCAAUAAAUCUAGAAUCUUGUCUGUGAGAAAGAGGGAAACAACUUCUUAA